AUGAGGCAGAAACUCGUCUCACGUACGGUUCGGAGGCCGAGCCCCACCCCAGCAGUAAUGGUGCGGCUUAGGUCAACUAACACAAAGAAGAUACAGUUCACUCAACGAUUGCCUUUGGGUUCCGAACUCCAUAUGGGGAAGGAACGUUGUUGUUUGCGAGGUCUCGAUCAUUUACAUGGACCCACUUCUCAUUCCAUUUGUGGGAAUUUGAUGAUCUAUAAACCGUCCCUAACGAACGAUCGGCUCAUGUUUGAGCAUGAUGAAUCACUUCGUGCCGACCUAAGGGCCGGGUCUUUAGGGCAAGUAGUCGUGAGGGAAAAGAGCUGGGAGAAGUCGGAUAACUGGAUUAGAGGGAAGGCGGGCAAAAGGACUGAUGUUAGUCCUAUCUCUUACUGGUCUCAUAUCCCUGCGCCUUCAAGGGUGAAUGAACUAGAGCUUGACUUUACGAUCGAGUCUCUUCUUAAGCAGUUUUCAUCCCGCUAG